CCGGACGUCAUGACGUCAUCACGACCCGCGCCGGAGGAAGAUAAACAAAAAGGGACGGAAGGACGCGUCGCGGCAAAACAAACCGGUUCAAAUUAAAAUCCUAAGGAACAUAUUUAUUAAUAUAAAAUCAUAUUUAUCAUCCGAACUAGCAUGGAGGAGGACAUUGCGUUCCGCAUCAGCGCCUUCUCCGCCCGGGGCGGGAGGCGCUACAUGGAGGACGUGUUCCAGGUGAGGGUCGAACCGGAGGAGCCCCCCGGGUCUCGGGGUGGGGAGGACCCCCCGGGGUCCGGGAUCGGAGAGGACCCCCCAGGUUCCCGGACCGGAGGGGACCCGGUAGUGCAGGACCCUGAACCAGAGGAGCAGGAUGGAGGUGGGAAGCAGCCCAUGACAGUAGGUCCACCACACCGGACUUCUCCGCAAACCGCGCAAACGCCCCUUGGGCCGGUGUCCGCCGUUUGGGUGGAGAACACCUCCACGGGGGGCCAGGGACCUGAGACCCCCUCCACGGGGGUCACUGCACACACCACGGUCCACACGAGCCGGUCCGUGGCGUUCUUCGCUGUGUUUGACGGCCACGGGGGCCAGGAGGCGGCGCACUUCGCCCGGGACCACCUCUGGGACCUCCUGAGGACCCAGAGGGGCUUCUGGUCCCGGGACAACGAGGAGGUCUGCGCCGCCCUACGUAAAGGAUUCAUCGCCUGCCACCACGCCAUGUGGAAAAAACUGCCGGAGUGGCCCAAGACCCCCACAGGCCUGCCCAGCACCUCAGGAACCACGGCCAGCGUGGUGGUGAUCCGGGGGACCCAGAUGUACGUGGCGCACGUGGGCGACUCUGCGGUGGUGGUGGGGGAGCGGGACGAGGACUCGGACGUCCGGCUGAAGGCGCUGGAGGUGACGCAGGACCACAAGCCGGAGGUCCCGGAGGAGCGGGAGCGGAUCGAGAGGCUGGGCGGCAGUGUGAUGAAGAAGUCUGGGGUGAACCGCGUCGUGUGGAAGAGACCCCGGCUGACCCACAACGGACCGGUCCGCCGGAGUACGGUCAUAGACCAGAUCCCCUUCCUCGCGGUCGCCCGGGCCCUCGGAGACCUCUGGAGCUACGACUUCUACAGCGGGGAGUUUGUGGUCUCCCCCGAGCCCGACACGGCCGUGGUGACCCUUGACCCCACGCGCCACCGCUACGUCAUCCUGGGCAGCGACGGCCUUUGGAACAUGAUGUCCCCCAAGGACGCCGUCAACAUGUGCUACAGCCACGACAAGAUGGUGGGCCCCAGGGGCCAGUCGUGCGCGGCGCGGCUGGGCCGCACGGCGCUGGUGUUCUGGAAGCAGAGGAUGCUGCGGGCGGACAACAUGACGGUGCUGGUGCUGGCCCUCCAGGAGCGCGGCGGGGCCCCCCUGCCCAUGCACCAGGACGAGGUGGUGCUGGACCUGGCCGCGGGGGCCCGCAACGGCCCCUACCCCGGCUCGCCCCCCGCCAGCGGCUGUAAAGACAGACAGAACUCGUGGCUGAAGGGCCAGCAGACGGAGGAGGAGGAGGAAGCCAUGUUCUUUGAGGAAGAGGAGGAUAUUUGUGGUGAUGGACACAAUGAAGAUUGGACAUGUCUGGAGUGGUAGCCAGGUAACGCAACAAAGAGGCUUUUUAAAAGACCGCUAACUGAUGUAUGAUCAACGGAAAUUAUUUUUAAAAGACAAAUUACUUUCCGUGCUUUUUUUUUUGGGAGCCUAUCAGAAAAAUAUUUCUAAAUUAUUAUUUUUUUCUUGCCUCAUGGACCGGUUCGAAGACCACUCACAAAUGUUUACUUUUAUUUUUUAAUUUUUGGAUAAAGAUUUUAUUAUUUUUGCUAACCAUGGUGAUGGUUUAUCUCUUCUUUUAAUUCCGUUCCUGAAACACAGUUCGUAUCAAAUGAAACGUUAUCUCUAAAGCACAGUUUACAGUCGACCUCCUUCUCCCCUUGGUCUUGAACUAUCAAGGUCGAAGGUCAGCCUCCCGUCUCUGUUUACCUCCAGAGGAGAAGCACAGGGCACGCCCCUGGGAGGGGGCGGAGGCAGCGCUCUGAUUGGCCGGCCUGAACAUUCCUCUUCAUCAUGUGAACUGUGCUGCUGAACCGUUAAUUCGUUUUUGUGUACCUUUUUUAAUUUUUGUUUUAAUUGUUUUGUAAAUAUGCAAGAGUUUUGCCUUUUAGCUUUCUAAAAAAAAAAAUUUGGACAGCCUCAUGCUCACAUAAUUGCCAACACACAAGUCAAGCCCUACCUUUUAAAUGUUUACAUGUUUUUGUAAUGAAAUGUUUAGAAAGUCAUCUUAUCUAUUUUCAUACUUAGAAUCAUGUGCAGCCUAUCUGAAAAGACGCAGUGGUUUAAAAAACGUUUAAUCCGAGUUUAAUGUAGCCCACUUAUAAGUGUAAACAUCAUUGAAUAUAGUACAACUAUAAUUUUACAUCUGUUGGUUGUGUUUCUGUUUUUUUACUCUUAAGGUGCGAAUAUUCGCCUUGCGUUACCUGCGCGAGCAAACUUUACACGAGUGAUUCAACAUUAAGCGAAAUUCAGUUCAGUUGAAAUAUUUCAACCCGAGCGAAAGCUGCGUGAACAAGGUUGAACCAUUUCUCUCACUGACUAUUUAAUUUAUGUCUGGUGUCUCAGCUAAGCUUUACAUUGGUUUUGUGUUGUAAGAUGAACCUGACGCAUAAAGUUGGGGGAAUGAUGAAUUGCGAACCAUGAGGUGAACGCUAUUGUCUGUUCUGUUCUGGAUGGUACAGACCCUAAAGGUCUCUUCAGCUUUGUCUAGGUAUCCCCUGUGUAAUAAAGGUGCUAUAGGUGAUGUUUUAAAGAAGUGCAUCGUGAAUCUAUUUUGUAUAAAGGACGUAACCGAUGAGUGAAACGGUCUGUGAGAAGAUCAGUUUUGGUUGGCUGAGCGCCUGACCAAUGAGGACAUCUCUUCGCUGAUUGGUCUGGAGAUCUACCGCGCCUGUCAAUCACAGCUGUAGGAAGACCUCCCAAUGGGAGGAGGAGGGAGGAUUUUUUUUGUUACAUUUCACAUUCUUGCUUUCUUGCCUUUUUCUGCGCCCUCUUUACCACUCUGUAAUCGUACCGGCAGCAGUGAUUUAUUUUGUUCAGUUGUUGGAUGAAUCUGUGAAAUGGGCUGUGUAAUACGUCUCUCGGCCUGGUCAGCAUAAAGGUGUGUUGUGCCAUUCGUCUUCCACAGAGUCUGCCUUCACUAAUGUUCUCUUUAAAUAGGAGUCUAUUGUCAUGGAGGAUCACCAUAAUUCGGUUGCCAUGGUUUCCAUAAACAAGUUAGAAGCAGUUGAGACAUUAUGCACAAACAAUGUUUCAAAACAUCGUGUUCCUGAACGAUGGGGAUUUAUGUCCGGUCUUUUGUGUGUUGCCAAAGUUUUGAAGGUCUUGUUUGCACAGUACGUAAUUAUGCAACAGUUUUACAUGAAUAUGCAACCAGCUACAAGUCAUUCGGGCAUGCCGCUUCGAUCGACUUUUAUUGUGCCGUCACUGUGAACCGUCAGUCAUUGUCUGUGUUUCUCACUGUCAACUGUUCCUGGUCCUGGGGUUGAGGUGGUGGCUGGCUGGCUUUGUUGAACUGUAUUAGGUGUCUGACUUGAACGUGUGUGGAUAUGGUGUGGUAAUAAAUAUAUUAUAAUUUCUAAA